UGGUGGGCCGCGCCGCGCCACACACCAACAGAAGCGUCCCUCACCCCAACACGACACGUCCCCGCCGGCUGCUGUCUCUGCUCUGCCCUCGCCCUCCGUCACGCGUCGCGCCACUGAGGUUCAGGAGGAAGGAGGGAGACACACGGAGAGAGAGACAGCGACACAGCGAGACAGAGAGAGUGAGAGUGAGAGAGCGGACACAAGACACAAGGAUCGAGGAGAGAUAGCAACACGUGCCGCCAGUCAGUCAGUCAGUCAGUGAGUAACACCGUACGUUGUUCGCACUGGCGAUGUGUUUUUGUCCUCCUGUCCUUGAGAUUUGUCCCCAGACCGCCCCACGCUGCUCUCUCUGCCCCUCGAUGCCCCAGCGGGGCCCUCGUGCCUCCACGCUGAGCAACGCCACUCCUGGCCCACACUGAACUCACACACUCCGCGCCACGCUGCCAGCCUCACAGCUGUCACAAGGCUCCAGUUGAAGUGACUUGGUUUGUUGAGAGUGUUUUUACAGUUCUAUUGACGGAUUAGCAAGAUUUUUUCGUUAUUAACUGGAGAAGCACUCUUGAGAGUCCGGCUAGUCAUCUGUGUGGCCUUUGGAAGCAGCAGCAGCAGCAGCAGCAGUGGUGGUGAGAGAGCCAAGUGUUUCUCAAUAGGAGCCAUAGAGUGGUGGCCCGAGUCAGUCUUGUGGAGAGGGCCAAGUCAGUGAGCUAGCCUUGACCGCUUCUGCAGCUCCUCAUUGUGAAUCGAAGUGGUCCCCAGCGCCCACACACGCCAACACACACGCCUACGACACGCAGGAGGGGAGAAUUAGAACAUUCCCGCCUUGUAGCCUCGAUAAGAAGAGAAAAUUGGCCCGUUUCGCCAAAGCAGCCAUUUCUUGUUGGUCCACCCACAGUGACAGAAGAGAGGAGAGGAAGAGAAGAACGGUAAAGAGAGAGGAAGAUAAACGAAAGUAAAACAGACAAAAGAAGAAUUAUCCAGUAUUUUCAAGUUUCUCCAUCUCCUUUAUGCCAGUUUUUGUUGUCUUGGUAAAGGAAAAGUGAGAAUAAUACUGAUUACAAGCUAGCUAUCGACUGGAAGCUUAGUGGGCCUUGCAAUAUUUAUUUUUUUUUCUCUCCUCUCAUUUUCUACUGACUCCAUUUUCUCUCGCCCUGAACACCUGAAAAAAGCUGAACAUUAUCGCUAGAACACUCUCACUCAAGACUUGAUCCUACAAGCACGUAGAGAGGAGGAAAGAGAAAGUGUUCUGCCUAAUCAACACUCAAGACAAGACGAGAUUGUUAAAAUUAAAUCAGACAUUACGAGGAUUUUGUGAAGAAGAAAAAGAAUUAAGAAGCAGAGAAGAGAAUAAAAAGAAGUUGUGAAGAGGAAGAAGAAUUAAUAAGAGGAGAAGAGGAUACAACCAGGAUUUGUGAAGAGGAAGAAGAAGAAUUAAGAAGAGAGAAGAAGAGGAUAAUACCAAAAGAGAACCAAUAGAAAUAAUAAUAUACGAGAAGGACGAUUGUUUUGGAAGAGUUUGCAUAGAAGAAUAGUAAAGAAAAAAUAAUAUUACGAGUAUUUACAAGAAUAAUAAAGAAAAAAAGAUUAUCACGAGUAUUUACAAGACAGAAAGAAAACGAAGACAGAAAGAAAACGAAGACAGAAAGAAGAUUGUUUUGGAAGAGUUUGCAUAGAAGAAUAGUAAAGAAAUCAACUAUAAAGAAAAAAAGAAAAGAAAGUUUGAGAACAUUCACAAAACAAAUAAAAAUAUAAAUAAAAGCAUUUAAACUAUCAUUAAAACAAAGAAGAUUAAUAUCAACAGAGAAAAAUAAACAAAAAUAACAACAAUUUGACAAGAUCCAAAUAGAAAAGAAGACAAAGGAAGGUAAACAACAACAACAAACACACAACAAACUAAAGGCACCAAAGAAAACGGAACUGAAGGAAGGGGAGACUAAAACAAAAUCAGAAAAAAUUACUCAAAAUCUAGAAAAUCAGUAAUAUAAAAGAAACAGGCAAAAAAGAAGAUAAAUAACAGAAACACACACAAAACAAACAAAUCCCAUCAAAGAAAACGGAACUGAAGCAGGGAAGACUCAACAAAACCAGAAGAACUUGCAGAAACCUUAGUGCUUUCGUCUCAGUGUUGCCAGAAGGAGUGUUCCCUUGGUAGUGAGGUGAAGGACUCCAUGCAAACACUAGUACAGUCUUACGGGGUCCUGUGGCUGCCUCUGCGCGUCUUGAGUCCUAUCGAGGAGGAGAAGAAGGACUUGCCCAGGAAAGAAAGGGAGUCUCGGGAACAGCUGCGGAGAAGGAGUGCAAUGCCUGCCACUAACAGAAGCAAACCCGCCAUGGAACUGUACCGCCCCCCGACCCUGCGAGGACCCGGCUUAUUUGACAACGGAGAGGCGAUGUACAACGGGAAGGUGACACAGAACGGUGGCUACGGUGACCCGCGCUCCAGCCUUAACGUCAACGCCAAGGAGUUUGUGUCCUCGGGCGCCUCAAACAGACCCCAGACGCUCCAGCACUCGAAGUCUUCAAGCAGCGUGCCCUUCCAGGGCCGCCAGGGGGGUCUGCAACACUCCAAAUCAGGGAGCAACUUACGACAGACCGCCCCGCAACACUCAGGGUACGGCGCCCCCCCUCACGACCCGCCUCCCGCCUCCACCUCUCCCCCCAGGGUCCACUUCAGCGACGACAAGGAAAACGACCCGGAUAUGAAGUGCGGCCCACAUUCACGCCCUCCUUCCCUGGCGGUGGGCGCGUUCACUCAGCUGGGGAUCAAGCGCUCUAAGUCUCUGGGCUCGGCUGAUCUGCGCGCCUCCCAGCUCCUUGAGUCCUGCACCGCCAUGCCUGACCUCGGACCCUUCUCGCCCGAGGUCAUGAACAGCAUCACUCGCGCCACUAACGACCCGAACAGUGUGAGUGCCCGCCAGCUGAUGGAGGUUGUGCGCCACGUGUUCACCCGCGUCGUGGAGGCCUCGAGACACGCCGAGCCCGCCGCCAGACUCUGCAUCUCCAUCAUUCAGAAGGAGAAGAACGAGACUUUUCUGGAGACUUUGCUGAACACGUGCCAAGAAUACUUCCAGGAGCGAGAUCGUCUGCUGAGGAACAACCCGCCCGCCCCCUACCCUGGCUUCGUGCCCGCCCACCCUCGCUGGAUCGCCUACAUGACCUUCCUCAACGAAAUGUACACACAGCUGAAGAGGCGACACGUGCAGCUGAUGACGAAGAGAAUGCGGAACAGCGAGACACCGCCAGGCCUGCUGCUGCUGACGCUGCUGGCCCAAUGUUGCCAGGUGUGCCUCAAGGAAAACGCCGUCAACAGCCUGGCAGAGACUGAGUGCCUGUUCUUCGUGCUGACGGGCGUGGGGAAGGACAUCGAGGUGGAGCUGCCGCACCAGAUGGGGCGCGUCAUGACCGCCGCGCGGGACGCCUUCCUUACCACAGUGCGCGUGCCUGCCGUGCGCAAGACUCUGCUGCAGCUCAUCGAGAUGCACGCCGCCCGCUGGCAGCUGCCCGCCCCGGCCGUCAUGUACUACUACCCGGGCUCCGGCAGCAAGUAGUGGCGCAGCCCCGCCACCCCGCCGCCGCCCCGACACACAGAGCCCGCCACAGCCUGGAGCCUCGGGGACCGGCCGUGACACGGGGCCUGCUGCUGCUGACCCCGCCGCCGUCGCCGCCGUCACUGCCACCGCCGCCACGCUGAGGGGUGCCUGAGGACGUGCUGCCCCUGGGCGUGCGUGGAAGUGGACGGGGCCGUGGCGGGGCGGGGGCGGGGCACAGCCAGGCCCACACAGCUCAUCGAUCGACCGAUUUUUAAACGAUUCUCGAUAUUCCGAGUGUCGGCAGCAGCGCUGACACGAGGCCGCUCAGCGAGGCCGCGCCCAGCCUCGCCCCGCCUGCUGCUGGGCGCGGCGCGGCGCCACGAGGACGACUGUGAGGCGCCAAGGAGAGGCCGCCGCCGCCGCCGCCGCCGUUGUCACAGUGGUGGCGGCGCUCGCGAGGGAGAGUUGGAUUUUGUAUUUUUGUUUCACCCGGCGGGGGCGCAGCUGGCGCCGCGCCGCCCCUGCCGCCCUACAAGGGUUUGUCUGGCGUCGGCGAGGCGCCGCACGGCCGCCUCUCGCCUUGUGCUGCAACACUUGGUCUGCACGCCCCGCCCCGCCCCGCCCAGGGACUCCCUAUUCACGUAUUAUUAACACAACAUAUUAUUUGUACCGCCGUCCAGGGCCGGGCGGGGCGCUGGCCACGUGCCCGAGGCGUGUGUGUGCGUGUGUGGUUGUGUAUGUGUGUGUGUGUGUGAUUGCGUGAUUGCGUGAUUGCUGAUAGUGUGCGUGCGUGCGUGCGUGCGUGCGUGCGUGUGUGCGCGCGCGUGUGUGUACAUAGGGGCGCCGCCCCAGCCCAGCAGUGCUUUAAGAUAAUCUAGUCUUUCCUCUACUGACGCGCCUGUGUGUUCCUCACACAGUAAUGAGUUCACACACAAUACAAUACAUACAGUUAUUUAUUGCGACAGUCACAGUGUCCUGCGGUGUACAGUAGUGAGUCCAUGGCUGUUUAACGUGUUUGAUAUUCAGGGACAACAUAACCCACAGGGGACGCGUCCUUCCAGGGGCAGGGCGCCCCCGACUCCCCAGCCCGGCCCAGCCCGGCCCUUAGUCAGUGUUACAGGUGACAUCUCAUCUAUUUGUGCUAUGAAUAAAGUCAACGUUUGUA